UAGCACCUCACUUCCAGAGCUAGAGCAGAUAAUGCCUUAUGUUCACAGGAUCUGGAGGAUCUAUAAAGUAAGAGACCCCAGGUGGGGCCACUCCCAGUGGAAAGAACCUGUAUUCCACCUCCAGGACGUUCUGGUGCUGCUGCUGCUGCUGUUCUGGGUUGCUACUCCUCCUCUUCGAUUCCCUUCACCCCUUGAGCAUCACCAUUGCCUUCCACCAUUCAGCAUCUUACCCUUGCCCACAAUGUUACUCUGGCACAACCAACCAGAACAUCUGUGGCCCAGCCCAGGGGAACUAUACCCCUGUCCCACUAGCAAUCUGCUCAGCAGGGAGUCCCUGGCACUGCCGUACCUGAAGCAGGAGGACCCUGCCAGCAUUUCUACCUCAGACAUGCACUGUCCUGUCUUCCAAUAUGUCCUCUGUGCUGUCACCUCUCCUGCUGUCAAGCAACAUGAGGAAACACUCACCUACCUGAACCAGGGGCAAUCCUAUGAAGUCCGGAUGCUCUGUAACCCCAAACUAGGGGACGCUUCCCAGUGGCCUCGACUGCUGAAAAGUGUGGUACGUGUGGUCUUCCACGACCGACGCCUGCAAUACACGGAACAACAACAGCUGGAAGGCUGGCGGUGGAGCCGUCCAGGAGACAGGAUACUGGAUAUUGGUGAGGGGAGGAAGGUGGAAGAGCCCCCCCAUGGGACUUCCCUGGACAGGAUACUGGAUAUCGAUGUGCCCCUAUCGGUGGGGGUGAUAGAGCCCCAGGUACUGCCCUCACUUCUCAACACAGUGGAGUUUCUCUGGGAUCCUGCAAAGAGGACAUCUCUCUUCUUGCAGGUUAAUUGUAUCAGUACAGAGUUCACCCCUCGAAAAAAUGGUGGGGAGAAGGGUGUCCCCUUCCGCAUCCAGAUUGACACCUUCAAACCAGCUGACAAGGGGAUACCCAUAGAGCAUCUGCACUCAGCCAGCUGCCUCAUAAAAGUCUUCAAGCCUAAAGGGGCUGACCGGAAGCAGAAAACAGACAGAGAGAAGAUUGAGAAGCAGUCACCACAGGAGAGACAGAAGUACCAGCCAGCCUAUGAGACCACUGUCUUCACAGAGUGUUCACCGUGGCCUGAAACCUCUACCGGUCUUCAUGCCUCUCCCAGCCCUUCUGGCCUGACUUCUCCCCAUUCUUUCAAGUUCCUGACCCCUGACAGGAUCUGUUCUUCCCCACCCUUCUCUCUGGACAGCUCAGUGGACAGCCCGGGUGAGGCUCUCAGCCCUGGGGCUUCUAUCUCAGAGACACAGCAGUGGUUACACCGUCACCGAUUCUCCGGCUAUUGCAGGCUGCUGGCCAACUUCACUGGUGCAGAUUUGCUAAAACUCUCCCGCCAGGACCUCAUCCAAAUCUGUGGAGCUGCUGAUGGGAUCCGUCUCUCCAAUACCCUGAAAGCCAGGCCUAUCCGUCCCAGACUUACCUUGUAUGUGUCUCCAGAGGCCCUGAAACCAGGAAGUGAGACCCCACGGAGCCCAGACUCGGGGUCUUACCAGCAGAUAUAUCUGGAGGAGCUCAGCACUGCUGAACUGACUGGAAAACUGGCUGAACUCUUAUCUCUCCCAGCCAAUCAAAUCCAUCGGCUAUUUCGCAAAGGCCCUACUGGCAUCCAUGUACUCAUCAGUGACCUGGUGGUCCAAAAUCUGGUGGAUGAAUCCUAUUUUGUGGCUGUGGCAAAGAAAGUGCAGAAUCCAGAUGGCUACCACUUGUUUCUGAGUUAGGCUCCUGACAGGGUAUCCAAUCAAGACCAGGAAAAACAAAGCACUGGGGAUACAAGCACAACAUAAGCUGAGCCAUAACUUAGGCCCUAAUUGUGGCCAGAAAUCAAUUAAAAACCCCGGCCAAUUACUUGAGACUGGUGCAUGUGCAAAGCAGCUGUCACUGGCUUCUGCUCUUCCCUCCCUGAAGAACAGGGCAAACACCGGCUUCCAGGCUUUUUCAUUCUUGCUUAUUAGCAAGGGAGGUAGAUGGAGUCCUAGGCUCAAAGGACUGGCAUUAUCCAGGUUGCACCAGGAACAGGCAAUCUGAAGGAAUUGGCACCAUGGACUAGCCAUGAAAUAUUGGCGGCCUCCUGAUGGAGUCUCAAAUCUUCACGUGAAAGAGACUGUCUAUCAACAUUCCUGUGUUAACUCAACUGCUGGUCUACCCCCACUUGUUCUGUACCCUACUACCCUUUUUUCUCCUAAGUCCAUUUAAAAAAACCAAAAUCUUAUUUUUUUAUCCUGGCUGCAUAGCAGUGACUUUUAAAUAUUUUCAAGGUGCCAUGGCAGACCCCAAGGUUUGGUUACUUGGUCAUAUCUGUGCCAAGAGGCCAGUGGGACUCAUUCUAGCCAGGGCUGGGGCAACCCUGUGGCUAUGACUUCAUAUUCUAUCAUGUUUUGGACUCAGUCCAGGCAGAACCAAAUGCUCUGCAAGGCCUAUUCCCAACCCUUGGUCCCGAGCAAAGUCUCAUUAACAAUCCAGUACACUUGUUUUUUUGGAUGCCUACAUAACAUUAGCUUUGACCCCUCACUGGUUGACAUUCAAAUUCAAAUACUCAAAUGACUGGGUUUUAAAACUUUGAUUCUAAAAGAAUUUGGAUUAUAACCUACAGAGAUAUCUAUAGAGUAUUGCUUCAGUCUAGAGCAAUACUCAGAAAAGGUAUGAUAUAGGGUAAGAAAUUGGCUGUAGUCCUGGGUCUUAGCCUUGCCAUUAACCAGCUGCUUGUGUACAAUGAGGCAACUGGACUGGCUGGCCUGUCUCUAAGGUUAUCUCCAGAUCUAUAACACUCUAAGUCCUUAACAGGGUCCUUGAGAUGUUUAUUUUAAUCCAAUUUCAGUCAGAAA